GAAGAAGAUUCUAUAUCGAGCGGCACGUUCUAUAAUUUGUUGUUGGCUAACCUGUAUCAUAGGGUGCAUCUCGUAGAGAAUUCCAUCGUUCCGAACGACGGAACGAGAUGGAAUAAAAUGUCGUAAUGGCGAGUGCGUCCGUUCCUUGUAUUUGAUAGGAUAAAGUUUGGAUCGUUAGCGUCUAUCCGAUCGAACUAAUUAACAAACUUCCUAUUUAUAUUUACAACGUUUUGUCUAAUAUUCUGAAAGUACGAUUAUCUUAUCAAAGAGAAAGAUUAUAUUCGUCAAGUGUUCUUAACAUAGUGAUUGCUACGUCGAUGAUUCACUCGCAAGAUAUGGUGGUAAACGGAACGACUAGUGCACGAUGACGAUUUUAAUAAGGAAGAAAUGCAUAGUGCAUCGUGCACUCUAAUCAUCGAUGCAUGCAUUCCACUUGUAUACAACGAUUAGUUUGUUUUCGAAAGUAUUCGUAUUUUCACGGUGAUCUUUGAAUGCGUACCCAAGUACGCUUACAAUUUUCAUAAUAUGAAAUUGACGCGAUGAAGGUAACUGUGUGUUUCGAAAACGUUAGAGUGGUAGUUCCAUGUGGAGACGGAACGCUACUGGUCAAAGACUUGAUGCACGAAGCUAUAUUGAGAUAUAAAAAAGCAACAGGAAAGAAUGACAGUGGCAUUACCAUUAAUAGUUUAUCUACAUUGACUGGUGGUGGACUUCUUGAUCCUGAUGAUAGGUUAUGCGAUGUUGCCGAUGACAGAGAACAAAUUGUUGCUCAUUUUACAAGUAACGAUGUCAUUCAUGCUGGUGGGGAUGGAGCUAGUUCGGUUGGUACCAAUAGUCCAGAUUUUUUUCAUUCCGAUGGGAAAGACCAACCGUACAUGAUCGAUAGCCAUGCAUCUAUAUCUACCAGUAGUAUCAAAAGAGAAGGCGCCAAACGUUUAUCUAUGCAUGCUCUUUCCAAUAGAGAACCUACUUUGACGACAUAUUCGGCUCAAUCUUUACCUAGAGAAUCUCGACGUAGAGAACCUUUAGGACAGGAUGCCAAAGCUUGUUAUGAUUUUGCAAGUACCAAUAUAGAAUCUUUAGAUCAAGGAGAAAUUCGUGAAAUUGUGAUAAAAAAUGAAGCUGGGCCAUUGGGACUUCACGUAGUUCCAUGUUACGAUCUUCUAGGUAAUGAUCAAGGUCUUAGAGUGGAAGGUAUUGAACCUAAUGGACGUAUAGCACGUGACGGUCAAAUUGAUCUACACGAUAAAAUUAUUAAAAUAAAUGGCCAUAAUUUGUUACACAUACCAUUUUCCAAAGUGCAAGAUAUCUUUAGAACCUGUAUGACUGAAAAAUGUUUAAAGAUAUCGAUUGUAAAGCAUAAGAAAUCUCAUAAUGAAAAAUCCAUUCGCAAAAAUCAUACUAACAUUAAUGAGAGCUCAGAGAAAUCUGAGAACGAAGACAAUGUUAAAAGACUCCAAUGUAGCAAUUACAAUAUAUUGCAAACUGCGAAUACUAGAAAGAUUGGUCGUAUGAUAGAAAUAGAAUUAACUAAAGGGAAUAAUGGAUUGGGUUUCAGCGUUACCACACGUGAUAAUCCUGCUGGAGGCCAUUGUCCAAUUUAUAUAAAAAAUAUCUUAUCAAUGGGUGCUGCAGUUGAAGAUGGUAGAUUAAGGCCUGGUGAUAGAUUACUAGAAGUAAACAAAAAAGAAAUGACUGGUAAAAGCCAAGCAGAAGUUGUUUCUCUGCUGAGAAGCAUUCCAGCUGGAGGUAAGGUUCGAUUGGUGGUUUCACGUCAAGAGGAAGUCUCAUCGAAUACCUUAGAAUCACACUGUCAAACAUCUUCCAUUAAUCAACCAUUAGAAGUAAUAGAAGGUUCGAAAUAUUGGAACGCAUUGGAUAGGUCUCCAACGAAUAAAAAUAACGAUUUCCAAGAAAAAUUAAAUGUACACGAUUACGAAAAAUGUACAUUCAAAACGGUCAAACCUUCUGAGGAUAUUGUCUUGUCUCCUCGUAAAAAUCGUAUGAUAUUAACAUUAGACAUUCCAGUACAUGAUUCAGAAAAAGCUGGCCUUGGGGUCAGUGUAAAAGGCAAAACAAGUAGUACAGAUGAUAAUACUAAUAUGGAUUUAGGAAUUUUUAUCAAAAGCGUACUUCAUGGUGGUGCAGCCUCAAGAGACGGCCGUUUACGUACUAACGAUCAAUUGCUUAAUGUUAACGGCGUAUCACUUUUGGGAUUAUCAAAUUCUGAUGCAAUGGAAACCUUAAGAAGAGCAAUGCUUAAUACAAACAGUUCUGUUACUGGGGUCAUUACUCUUACAAUUGCUAGACGUUUAUCAUCUUACGACACUAACGACAAAAAUAUUAUCGAAAAUAUGUCUUCUCAUUGUAAAAUAGAAUCUUCUAAUUCCAUAUACAUUUCAGAUUCUACAAAAGUUAACGAUGGUAGAGUGAAAGAGAAAAACAAUUUAAAUUCACAAUCUGAAACAUUGGAUAAUGCAGGAUUAUUAUCUUGUGUAACAGCUUCUCCAUGGAACCCUGUUAUUGAUAGAUUAACAGAACAAUAUAAUAAAAAUAGUUUAAGGAAUGAGAGUUAUUGUAUUGCGACUAAUAAAACAUGGAUAGAACCAGUUAGUGUGAGCAAUGUUAAGAAAAUAACUAUAGGACCGAGAGAAGAUCGUGUGGAGUCAGUAUUGUUAGAAGAGUCAAAUAACGAAUGUUCACAGCCUGUUGAAACGAAGAAAAAUGUAGACGAUAAAGAUAGUCAGUAUUCCGGCGAUCCAACAUACGAUAGUCAAUUAUCUUUAGAAGAAUUUAAUUCUUCUUCAAAUAAAUUUUCACGCGAUGCUUUGGGUAGGCAAAGCAUGUCAGAGAAAAGGCAUGCUGCACUUGAUGCAAAAAAUACGGAUACCUAUAAAAGAAAUAAAAAGUUACGAGAAGGUAGAGAAAAUAAAAAUAUAGAACAACAAAAUAAUCAAUCCGCGGAAACGGAAGAUUGCUUAAGAAAGGAAUGUAAAACUGAAAGUUAUGAAAAAAGUGGGAUUAAAAUAACAGUAGCAGAAAGUACCUCAUGUGAUAAUAAUAUGAAAGUUUAUGAUAAAAAAUCAUUAGAUCCUACUCAAUCGGAAUACGUUUAUACUAUUCCUGGAUGUAAUAAUAAAUAUACUUCACCAAGAAAGCAUUGGCUUGUAGAUGAUGUUCAUGGAGAGAUAUCUAGUACUAAUCACUUCAAAGAUGAGCAUGAAGGAUUUUCGAAUAGUCGUGGGGAUGUAAAACAAGCAUCACUUAAUUCUGCUUUGGACGAUCGAUAUAAGCGUUCUAGAAAGAAAGGUGGUAUUCGUUCUAUGUUGAGACUUGGAAAGAAUAGAAAAUCACUUAAUUUUGGAGACAGUAUAGAAGGUCGUCAUGAGAACAUGUUUCAGAUUUCAAUACCAAAUCAACUUUUUCUACAGCAAAAGCGUUUUAGAGGCAAAAUAAAUAUACAAAAGCCUAGAGCACCACAUUAUACUAGAGCACUUUUCCAAGAAUUUGUCUCACCAUUCUAUGAAAACCCAAAGAAAGACAAAACGUUAUUAGAUUUAUGCACCAAAGCUAAAAGGAAUACAAAGGAAAAAUACAAUCCUUAUCAUCACGUUUUGGCACGAGAAGUUUUGAAUUGGUUUGAUAAUUCGAAGAUGAUAGCUUUUCUUCAUAAAAAUUCUAUAACUCAAGAAGAAGCAUUCGAAUUAGCUGUUCCAUUGAGAAGAAAGAAUAUGUAUUUGAAAUCUUAUGGAUCUACUAUAUUAGAGUUGGCCUUAAAAGAUACGACGUAUAAAGCUCUAGAUUUAUUAUACCAAUCACCCUAUUUUAUAAUAUUCAGUCCAGAAAAAAAUGUGAUCGAUCUUGAAAAGAUUCUUAAAAAAUUCUCUCAAGUUAUUUUAAUUGCUGGCAUAUUAGAGGGAAAGCUUUUGAACGUUAAUGAAUUUAAGUAUUAUGGUCGAAUGGAUCUUACUGCUGCACAAGUAUCUUUAGUCCAAGUAUUGCAAAGUGCAGGUGGUAAUAACUUAAAACAACAAAUUACUCAUCAUCAAUCCGCGUUGAUUAGUCGAUUGCAACAAAUUGGGGCAAGAGAUGUGCCUUCGAACGAGAAUGACUAAUUGAUGCGUGUAUGAUCGGAGUAAUCAUUCGAAUAUAUAAUUUAUUGUACAUCGUAGAUUUAUAAAUAAAGCUUUAAAUAAGAUACUGUUGAUUAAAGAGCAUCUUGUAAUAAUGUUAAAAAUAAAAAACGUCAGUACAAAACGAAUUAAAAAAUU